UGUUGGCUUGGUGGUUGACGUUUGAUGCACUCGGCAUACCUCUAGUGGAUAUCGCACACGUACAGUGUAUCUGCCCUAACUCAGACCCCAGAUUCUAAGACAUUUGUCCGUUCUAAUUAGAUAUAACCAUUGAUGUUUCUACCGUGACUGCGCUAUCCUUCGGACCGAGCCAGCCGAGUUGACGGAGGGAAUAUGCGCUGCAUUCGUUGUCUGCAUCCUAACUAACAGGGUCAUUUGUCUUGCAAGAGAUGUUGUUUUAUGGAAUUGAGGAAAUGUUAUGUGAGGGAAUUUCUUCGAAGUGUGAUCUUUUUGCCAGUUUCGAAAUGUACCAUUUCUGAGGAGUGAAGGUAUUUCUUUCCGGAUUGAUGGAUAGGGGGAAAGAAACAGAUUUUUUGGGGUCUAAUCUUGAUUUGACCUGAAUCGACAGCGGAAGCAGUAGAAUUUGUGAAUUUGAUACCAAGAAUCAAUCUUCCUCCUGAAUGGAACCACAGAGCGAGUUGUAGAAACAAAAUCAACCAGAUAGUGUUUGGCAUUUUUCGUGUUUUUUGUUGUUGUUUUUUUUAACAAAACAGAAUACAGAAUGUACAAAAUAACCAUAUCUCCUGAUCACUGACCUCGCUUAAUCGGAAUUCAUGAAAAAUAAAAACAAUAUUUCGACAAAUGAUAUAGUUAUUUGUGAAUGAGUCGCCUAAAAGCUAUAAAAAAUAUUGAAAUAAAUGUAAAAUGUUGCAGGUGGUUUUUAUGGGUAAGGAUGCAAAGCAACUAAUUGCAUUACUCACAGAUAAUCUUUGAUGGUGUCUGAACACAAAACAGCUCAUUUGCUUUCAGAGUAAACCGGGACGGCCCGAAUCCUGAGCUGCUGUAUUCGAUAAUGAACAUGAUGAAAUUGUACUAGUCUUAUGCAAUGAAUUUUAGUAUAUAUUCAGUUUAUGUUCCGUUUCUACAUUUAUUGUGAUCUUACGGAAACACGGAUUUGCUACAAGGACUUUUCUAAUGAACAUGCUUAAUUUUUCGUGCCAUUUUCGGAGUAAAUCUUAAUCACAGGUCUGUUAAUUGACAGCGUCGUUACGUGUUCAUUGAUGUCUCUGAUUUAAUCGAACCAUUGUGUUGGAUUAAAUCAUGUUGCGGUGAUAUUAAUCGCUUCCGUAAAAUUAACUUCGGAAUGCGCAUGAUUAAAAGUGAGACUCCGCAUACAGAGUAAGUUGAACACGCGGGAGUUAAUUAGUAGAUGUGUUACAAACUAAAAGGCUAGAACCUAUUGAUGCACCCGCGCGCUCAAAGGAUAGCACUUUGUGAGAUUUCUCCAGUUUUUGUUUCUGUUAUUUUCAGACCUAGAACCAUGAGAAACCUGACCUUUGCCGAGGAUCAGAACUAUACAGAAUUUCACUUCUGUGAUCCGUACGUGUAUCCGGAGGCGUUUUUCUUCUACGGGAUUUUAUAUCCCUCCGUGGCUAUCCUCACGGUCAUCACAAACAUUCUAGUGGUCGGUGUGUUCUUAAAACAGAAAAUGAAGUCCCCCACCACCACGCUAUUGAUAGGGCUGGCCAUCGGCGAUGCUGGGGUCGGGGCGGCCACCCUGCCCCUCCACAUAUACUAUCACAGUCUUGAGAACUAUAUGUAUACUAUGGAGUAUCCGUGGUGCAUAUACUACCACAUGGCACCGGUGGUGUCCACGAUUCUCCACACUGUAUCGGUGUGGGUGACAACCGUUCUUGGGGUCCAGAGGUAUUUGGUCGUGUCGCAUCCAUUUGUGGGGCCAAAAUAUUGCACUAUAAAGCUGUCUGUGAUUAUAUUACUCUGUGUGUAUGCCCUCGCCACUGGCAUGUACCUUCCACAAUUCUUUUAUUUCAAUUUUAAGAAGACUUACGUUGAUAAUGGAUAUGGCUAUAUGGUUUAUGUGUGUGAAUGCUGGCAAACAGGGUUACCCGCUCAGUACGAAAGUAAACUGAAGAUCCUUAAAUUGUCCCUUGCAAAGCUGAUCCCUUGUUUUAUUUUGACGAUCACCACAAUUCUGCUCGUCCGAAAACUGGACAUGGAAGCACGGCAAUCUGCGAGACUUCACGCGGACCAUCAACUUGAAGAGGGAGAGACGAGAGAGGCGCGGCUCAUUCGGAGGACCUCGCUCAUGAUUGUCGUCAUAGUUGUGUGUUGUUUGGCGGUAGAAGUUCCAAAUGGAUUACGCCUCCUCAUUAAGACAAUAGAUGUGGGAGCCAUUGACCCCAAAACGGACCUAUUCCUGAUAGCUGUUCUUAAUGCUUGCACACUCCUCAACUUCCAUAUAAAUUUCUGGAUUUACGUUUGUAUGAGCCAGGAGUUUCGGAAAAAUUUGAGAGCGAUUUUCUGCCGCUGGAAUGUGAAAUAUCAAAAGGUACAUUUACUUAGCCAGGGGUCUAUGAAAACCACAACAGAAAAUCUGUAGUGAAAUGUUGUGAGUUUUUGUCUGGAUUUUUCUGUAUUUCAAACAAACUCAGCUUGACAUACGCAUGUUUUAUUUAUUUUCAUCAGCAAAUAAAAGUGUAGUUAUUUUGUUGU